AUGCCGCCACAGCAGCAGGGCGGGACUGUCUACCAAAACGCGACGCCGAUUGCGAGCCUAGGCCGCGGGCCGGCGCCGGCAGAUUGCCCUGCGUGUGGGCAGAGGGCUAUGACAAACGUACAAUUUUCAACCGGCGGGUUUACACAUGCCGUGGCAGCAGGUCUUUGUUGUUUCCUCUGCUUGGGCUGCAUUCCGUACAUGAUGAACUCGCUCAAGGAUGUCGAGCACAAGUGUGGACGAUGUGGAGUGCUCCUCGCGACUUGGCACCGCAGCGGUACCACAGAGGUUCAUAUCCACUCCUAG